GGAAGCACUGAGGACCCCAUAGGGAAGUGCUGCUCCCCGUUGUCCCCUAAGGAAGUGCUGCUGUCCCCAUGUCCCCAUAGUGACAUAUUGGUGUCCCACUCUCCCCAUAUCUCCGCAAACCCCACCGGUGUCCCCGGGCCGCUUCCUCCCCCCCCAACCCCCCGUCUUCCCCCCUCCCCCAGGAGCUUCCUGACCCGUGACGACAUCGGGAUCAUCCUGAUCAACCAGUGCGUGGCCGAGCUGAUCCGGCACGCCGUGGAGGCUCACACCCGCUCCCUGCCCGCCGUGCUGGAGAUCCCCUCCAAGGAGCAUCCCUACGACGCCGCCCGCGACUCCGUGCUGCGCCGCGCGCGGGGGAUGUUCACUGCCGACGACCUGCGUUAGGAGGGGGGUGGGGGGCUGGAAAUGGGGGG